AUGCGCUGGCCCAUCGUGUACUCUCCACGCUACAACAUCACCUUCAUGGGCCUGGAGAGGCUGCACCCAUUUGAUGCGGGGAAAUGGGGCAAAGUGAUCAAUUUCCUCAAAGAGGAGAAGCUUCUAUCUGACGGCAUGCUGGUGGAGGCACGGGAGGCCUCGGAGGAGGACCUGCUGGUGGUGCACACGAGGCGCUAUCUCAACGAGCUGAAGUGGUCCUUUGCUGUCGCGACCAUCACAGAAAUUCCCCCUGUCAUCUUCCUGCCCAACUUCCUUGUGCAGAGAAAGGUGUUGAGGCCCCUUCGGACCCAGACUGGAGGAACCAUCAUGGCAGGGAAGCUGGCUGUGGAUCGAGGCUGGGCCAUCAAUGUAGGGGGCGGCUUCCACCACUGCUCCAGUGACCGGGGUGGGGGCUUCUGUGCCUAUGCGGACAUCACGCUUGCCAUCAAGUUUCUGUUUGAGCGUGUGGAGGGCAUCUCCAGAGUCACCAUCAUCGAUCUUGAUGCCCAUCAGGGCAAUGGACAUGAGCGGGACUUCAUGGGGGAUAAGCGUGUGUACAUCAUGGAUGUCUAUAACCGCCACAUCUAUCCUGGGGACCGCUUUGCCAAGCAGGCCAUCAGGCGGAAGGUGGAGCUGGAGUGGGGCACAGAGGAUGAUGAGUACCUGGAUAAGGUGGAGAGAAACAUCAAGAAAGCCCUCCAGGAGCAUCCACCCGAUGUGGUCGUGUACAAUGCAGGCACUGAUAUCCUUGAGGGGGACCGCCUUGGGGGACUGUCAAUCAGCCCACAGGGCAUUGUGAAGCGGGACGAGCUGGUGUUCCAAAUGAUCCGUGGCCAACAGGUGCCCAUCCUCAUGGUGACAUCUGGUGGGUACCAGAAGCGCACAGCCCGCAUCAUAGCUGACUCCAUCCUCAAUCUGCAUAGCCUGGGGCUCAUUGGGCCUGAGGCCCCCAGUGUCUCGGCCCAGAGCACAGACAUGCCUCUGCUGCCUCCAGCAGUGCCCUGA